AAGCUUGUAGCUAGUAAGAAGCACAUAUACAAUUUUCUCAUUCAAAUAAAAAAAGGAAAAGAAGAAAUGGCUCUUGCAAUAUCCGAAGAUCUUGAAAUUGUAAUUGUUGGUGGAGGCAUUUGUGGCCUUGCCACUGCUCUUGCUCUUCACAGGAAGGGUUUGAAGAGUGUAUUGUUGGAGAAAUCAGAAACACUGAGAACAGCAGGAGGUGCCAUUGCAAUUCAGGCAAAUGGGUGGAGAGCUUUGGAUGAGCUUGGUGUUGCUUCAAAGCUCAGGCCUAAUGCAAUUCUGCUUGAAAGGAUACGUGAAAUAGUUCUCAAUGGUGGCGAGCAACAAGAAGAAUUUAUCCACUACUCCAAUAUUGGGGAAACUCGUUGGUUAAAAAGAAGUGAUCUAAUUGAAGCUCUGGCUGAAGAUCUCCCACUUGGCACAAUACGCUUUGGAUGUCAAAUUCUCUCUGUGAAAUUGGACACAAACACUUGUUUUCCUAUUCUUCAAUUGAAUAAUGGAAAUAAAAUUAGAGCCAAGAUGUUAAUUGGAUGUGAUGGAGCCAACUCUGUUGUUGCUGAUUUUCUUGAGUUGAAACCUAAAAAGCUUCACCCUUCAAGUGGAGUGAGAGGAUUCACAUAUUAUCCAAAUGGGCAUGGAUAUGCCCCUCAGUUACUCCGAACAAGGAGAGGUAACACUUUGUCUGGAGUAGCCCCCGUCACUGAUAAUCUGCUUUUCUGGUUUGUAAAUCACCAAUGGCAUCCUCAAGAUUCAAAGGUGAUGGAAGAUCCAAAAAUGAUCAAGCAAAUGACUUUACAGACCAUCAAGGGUUUCCCAAAAGAAACAAUAGAUGUAGUACAAAGCUGUGACCUUUCUACUCUUCAUUUCAACAAUUUGAGAUACCAGGCGCCAUUGGACAUAUUACUAGGUCGAUUUCGAAAAGGAACCGUGACGGUGGCUGGAGAUUCAAUGCAUGCAAUGACUCCGUUCGUUGGUCAGGGUGGCUCUGCUGCUAUAGAAGAUGCAGUUGUGUUUGCUAGAUGCAUGAAAAGAAACUUUCAAGCUAAUUACAAUAAAGAUUUUAUCUACAAAAGUGAAGAGAUGAUUGAAAAAGCAAUGGAUGAAUAUGUGAAUGAGAGGAGAAUGAGACUGGUUAAAUUGGCUACACAAUCUUACCUUAUGGGUUACCUGUUGGAUUCUUCUUCAUUGCUUUUCAAGUUAAUAAUUUUGGUGCUUUUGGGUGUUCUUUUUAGGGACAGAUAUGCUCAUGUUAGAUAUAAUUGUGGCAAACUUUGAAAACUUGUUGAUUCUAAAGACUGAGCUGCCUGUCAUAGCUUCCAUGGUUGGAACUACAUUAUAGUAACUAUUUGUAAUAAAUAAAUCAUAGGCGUUGGUUACAACGUCUUCGAGUUUAUUUUAUAAAUUCAUAGUUAAAACUUCGUUAAGUCUAUUUAAUUUGUUUUGAUAGAUGUUGAUUA